AUGGGACAAUCCCUAAAAAAGCCUGUUAAAAAUGGAAUAAAUGGAGUAGCUGAAACCUCCAAGAAAAGCAAUGAAGAAACGUAUCUAAAAUCCCUUUCGGUACUUGAAGCCCACCGAUUUAUCCAAGGUCGAAAAUUUUGUUUAGCACAGAAUGCCUCUCUUGCUCUUCCACGUGAUAACGAGGAGGCUAUGCGGAUUAAUAAAGUCACUAAACUUAUAAAAGUUUUGUUUGGCUCUAAUUAUUCUGCGCCUGUUACGGAAUUUUUAACCUGUGGGGGUGCAAAAAUACUUGAAAUUGGAACGGGUGGUGGACUUUGGCUAAGCGAAAUGUCAAUAGAAUACCCAAUGUCAAUCUUUUUGGGUUUAGACAUUACGACUAUAUUUAAUCCCAUGUAUCGUGUUCUUCAACCAGGAGGCUGGAUGGAGAUACAUGGAACUCCCUCCGAAAUUAUUGGUGCCGGUCCUGCAACACGACGUUUUAUGUUAGCAGUUCGACAAUGCCUCCAGAUUAAUGGGCAUAACCCUGAUAUAGUGCGCACUAUCCCAGAAAAAUUAAGAUCAUUGAAUGUUAAAAACAUUCAAGUGGUAGAAAAGCCACUUCUUCUUUCACGCAACGGAGCUCCAGACGAACAGAUAGAUGAUGAACUUUUGCUUCGAACUGUAGAGGCAUUCAGAGUGAUAAUGAAGGUAGCGAUAGGAUGUACUGAUGAAGAAUACGAUGAAUUAAAAAGAAAUGUUGGUUUAGAGGCAGAAACUACAAAGAUGCAUAUAAUGGUCAUAAGAACUUUUGGGCAGAAAGAUGCCGAAUAA